AUGAAGCUGGUAGAUGUAGAGAAUCAGAUCCAAGCUGAGGCCGUAGAUGGACAGACCUGCGUGCAACAAGUGGUUCAUAAACAGGUGGUCAUCCAGUCGUCUCGGGUCAGGAACGCCAGCACACAGGUGCAAGCGACCGUGGGCACGCAAACAGAUCUCGAGGUUGAAGCCUGCCUUGAUGCUGAGGAUGACAUUGACGAUAUCAUUGCCGGGUUGGAUUUAGACGAAGCCGAGGCAGCCGAAUCGUCCAUGCCAGUUGCCGUGCCGCGAGCCGUGAAAGAGGCUGCGUCGACGGCCUUGCAGCAAGAGCCAAGCCAGCACAAUGACCAAACGCAACAACAAGAGUAUGAGGAUCAGAUUUGGCUAGCUCAAUGUGUGCGGCAAGCGUGGAAGACAACAUUUCGCGACUGGGAUCAGUAUCGAUUGGCACAGGCUGUGACUCGGCACGAAGCCCAGGAUGGCUGGCUGCUGGCCGUGGCCCCGACGGGCAUGGGCAAGACGCUGUGUACACUCGCUCACCUCCAGCCACGCAAGGUCGUGGUGUGGGUAGUCCCGCUUCGUGAGCUUGCCAGAGACUUGUGCCGCCGCUUCGAGCAGGCAGACAUUGUAUCGCAGUGGGCUAAGAAUGAUGGCCGCGACAUGCAAGUCAACGUUCAAGUGAUUGUCAUGACGGUCGACUUUUUGGUUGGCUAUGGGAUGAGGUGGGUGCAAACUCUCGUGCAGCAGAAGCGUCUGGCCAUGCUGGUGAUGGACGAGGUUCACACAAUGCUCGUGGACACUAGCUAUCGAGACAGCCUUGUUCGCUGCCCAGGCCGGCUGGACCAUCUUCGCCAAGACCCAUCUGUCAAGUGUGUGGGCCUGACUGGCACGCUUUGCCCCAAAGAUGAGCGGGCUCUGCUCCAACAGCUGGAUUGCACGGAGGACGCUUCGUACCAGACCUUUCGUAUGCCAACCAUGCGAACCGAUCUUCGGCUAGGGGUGCAACAAGGAACAACAAAGGCAUUUGAGAUGUUUGUGGAACGCCACUACGACCUGUUGGAGCAAGAGGGCCGCGUGGAUCGCAUGUUGAUUUUUUGUGACACGAAGAAGCAG